GCUGCAGUAGCUCAAGGCAUUCCUAUCUGUGAAACAGCCGCUUCUCUGUUACAGUCUUAGACUUGCAGUUGAUCUUAGUCUGUGUACUUGAACAUGUAGUCCAAGUUUGUUGUAUAGUUUUUAAGUGUUUCUUUUACUUGCUAUCUUUUUAAACGGCUGAUAUCUUUUAAAGCAGCUGUUUAAACUGCUGUUAGCGGUUAAGCCUGUAUUUUUUUCGAAAUCCUGUACAUUAGAGUAUUGCUAGUUGAGCUAGACGGCUUUGGUUGGGGGUUUGUGCUGAGUGGGUGGGCAGUCUGUCUCUUCAGCGUUGCCUCACUGCUGGCUCGCUAUGCCAUGGUAAGACAUCCACUAUUUCUGCUGCCGCUUUACCGCUGGAAUUCCCGUUGUUGGCUGAAGCACAAAGCUCUUGGGACUGCAGCGGCACGAUGGCCUGGGAGCUCAGUGUGGAGGUGUGCAGGCUGCUGCUGCUGCGGGAGGACUCGGACUGCGCAGAGCUCGUGGCCUUGCUCGGCCCGAGGCCUGCUCGGGGCAGCCUGGCUGUGUCCUGGGACCCGGCCGGGUUUAGCCCUGCUCAGUGUGUCUGUGGGGUGCUGCGUUCAAGCUAAACUCUCCAGAACUACAGCUGCUCAGCACAUACACGUUCUGCAGUGCAGUUACUGCUAAUGCCCUUCUGGCUAUCUGCCAGCCCAAGCUGGCUACCUGCUAAAACAUCUUACGUGUCUUUUUUCUGGAGUGUGGCUCUCGACUUGGAUGGACUGUGUCACAAGUUAUACUAAUUUCUGUACUAGGCAGCCCUUAGAAAUUCUGAUGGCUUAUGAUUUCUUAAUGUGCUAGUGAGAGCAUUCAUUUAUAUGAAAAUGCUUAAAAUCAUCUCCUUAGCAAAGGAUUUGAGUUAUUCCUGUUGUAAGGCUGUUGGAAGAAGCUUUUGGAAUUCUGCAGAGGAAACAUUCACUUAUUAUUCAUUUAGGACAUAAUUAACCUUCUGUAUUUGGAGAUCUUUAGAACUCUGGAAAUUGAUUUUAAAUAAUGAGUAUUCUCAUGAUUUCUGGAUAUUGGUCAUCAUAUCAAAUUUCUUAGCUGAUAUAUCCAAAUGUUGUUAUAGUUAAGUUUUGUCACUGGUUGCCAUUUUAGCAGCUCAAAGCUUAUGAGUUGCAGUGCUAUUUUUAAAAGUUUCGGGUUUUGUUUUUUCUUACAUGUUGUGAUUAUCACAGAAAAUUACCUGGAAAACAUUUUGAACAUCUGUAUUCCCGAGACUGUUUGGUAGAGCCUAUUGAUGGUAAUGCCUUUUUAGAAUUAUUCUGCAAUAAUGUGGCUUGCAUCCUUUUAAGGAAGCUGUGGAGCUUUACCACUUCAGGUAACAUGUAGAAGUCCCCUUCCAGCAAUGUAAGAAGAUGGACAUCAAUUUCCAUUAGUAUACUGGUUUGCAAAUACUCUACUGGCAGAGUUCCUCAGGAAACAUAGACUGAUUUUUUUUUUUUUAGUCAAUAUUGAGAUGGCAUUGUAAUGGAUAUCGCUGCUAGUACAUUCAACGUACAUUAAAUCCAAAAUGUGUAAAUGUAUUUAUUUGUAUAAUUUGCCAUACCCAACUCCUGUACUUACACAGGAUUUAUUUAUCCUACACCUUCUGAAGCUCCUGGAGACUUUGUUCUGCAUUGCGACCACAGUAUCAGAGGCUCCCAUUAUUGAUAAUUUGGCUUUCAGUUCUGAAAGUAGGAGAUCAAAUGUGAGAUUCAGAUUUGGGCUAUCAGCAAGGAAGUAGUUUCAGAUCUGUCUGAGUUGUACUUGAAGCCGCCAAAAUGGUUCUGGCAGAUCUUGGAAGAAAAAUAACUUCAGCAUUGCGCUCACUGAGCAAUGCCACGAUUAUCAAUGAAGAGGUUUUAAAUGCUAUGUUAAAAGAAGUAUGUACAGCAUUACUGGAAGCUGAUGUUAAUAUCAAACUUGUGAAGCAACUUAGAGAAAAUGUCAAGUCUGCAAUUGAUCUUGAAGAAAUGGCAUCUGGCCUUAACAAAAGAAAAAUGAUCCAGCAUGCAGUCUUUAAAGAGCUUGUUAAGCUUGUAGAUCCUGGAGUCAAGGCAUGGACACCUACCAAAGGAAAACAGAAUAUUAUAAUGUUUGUUGGUUUGCAAGGAAGUGGUAAAACAACAACUUGUUCAAAGUUGGCAUACUUCUAUCAGAGGAAAGGCUGGAAGACUUGUUUAAUAUGUGCAGACACAUACAGAGCAGGUGCUUUUGACCAGUUAAAGCAGAAUGCCACAAAAGCAAGAAUUCCCUUUUAUGGGAGCUAUACAGAAAUGGAUCCUGUAAUAAUUGCCUCAGAAGGUGUUGAGAAAUUUAAGAAUGAAAACUUUGAAAUAAUCAUUGUUGAUACAAGUGGACGUCACAAACAAGAAGACUCUUUGUUUGAAGAGAUGUUACAAGUUGCUAAUGCCAUACAACCAGAUAACAUUGUUUAUGUGAUGGAUGCUUCCAUUGGCCAAGCUUGUGAAGCUCAAGCUAAAGCUUUCAAAGACAAAGUAGAUGUAGCUUCUGUUAUUGUUACUAAGCUUGAUGGACAUGCCAAAGGAGGUGGAGCUCUUAGUGCAGUUGCUGCCACAAAGAGUCCUAUUAUUUUUAUUGGAACUGGCGAGCACAUAGAUGACUUUGAACCCUUUAAAACACAGCCUUUCAUCAGCAAGCUGCUUGGUAUGGGUGAUAUUGAAGGAUUGAUAGAUAAAGUAAAUGAGUUAAAGUUGGAUGAUAACGAAGCACUCAUAGAAAAGCUAAAACACGGUCAAUUUACAUUAAGAGAUAUGUAUGAACAAUUCCAAAACAUCAUGAAAAUGGGACCAUUCAGUCAGAUCUUGGGCAUGAUCCCUGGUUUUGGAACUGACUUCAUGAGUAAAGGCAAUGAACAGGAAUCAAUGGCAAGGCUAAAGAAACUCAUGACUAUAAUGGACAGUAUGAAUGAUCAAGAACUUGACAGUACAGAUGGUGCCAAAGUUUUCAGUAAGCAGCCAGGAAGAAUCCAAAGAGUAGCAAGAGGCUCAGGUGUUUCUACCAGAGAUGUUCAGGAGCUUUUGACCCAAUACACUAAGUUUGCACAGAUGGUGAAAAAGAUGGGAGGCAUCAAAGGGCUUUUCAAAGGGGGUGAUAUGUCCAAGAACGUAAACCCAUCUCAGCUGGCCAAACUGAAUCAGCAGAUGGCAAAGAUGAUGGAUCCAAGAGUUCUUCAUCAUAUGGGUGGCAUGGCUGGUUUGCAGUCAAUGAUGAGACAAUUUCAACAAGGUGCUGCUGGGAAUAUGAAAGGCAUGAUGGGAUUCAAUAAUAUGUAAAGAAGCCUUAAUACAAAUGGACUUGGUUGACUUUUCAUUGCAACUUCAGUGAAUGAAUUUGCUUUCUUCCUUUUUACAGUGAUGAGAGAAUGGUCUUUUGAAAUCUUAUUCAGGCUUCUCAGUUUCUACAUCUAAUUUCUGAAAACUAUUUUUGCUUAAAUUAGUUCCUCUCCACUAAUAACUGAUGGCACAAAGAGUAAUUCAAUUUAAUAAAACAAAAUCAUGAUGUAAAAUUUUAAUAUUUAGAGACACUUUUUAAUCGUUUACAUCAAAUGGCAGCCAUUAUAUUUGUAAACAACCCUGAUCUUUGGUUAUAGUAACAUAAAAUGUCACAAAUAUACUGUAAAAUAAAAUUUAAGUGGUUAUAAACAAGG